AUGUUAGGAGAGCAAAUUCGUCAAGGAUUCAGCCCUCUAUUAGCUGUUCUUACAUCAGAUGCUGUGGAACGUAUCGCUGCUAAGAAUAAUCUUAGCUUCACCGAUUUACUUUUACCAUUUGCCACUGUCAAUUGCACAUUAAAGGAUCCAUCGGGCUCAUCGGUAACAUCACGCAUAUUCUUUGACUUUCGAGAUCUUCAGCGAGAUGGAUUUCUUCUAAGUUUAACUGUUUUACCUUCCGUUUUACAUGAAACUGCGUCGUCGGUUGCAUCGACAUCGGAUUCCGACCCCGAACUUGCUUCCAUUGCUUUCAGUGAAACUUUACUGAAAUGGUCCGAACCGGCAGAGCAUGAAUAUCUUCGAACUUAUCUUGGUUGUGUGUUUGUCGUGUCUACCGAAGACGAGGAUCCUGUAGAAGAAUUAUCGAGAUUGAUUGAUAUUCAAUAUCAGCAACAGUGUGGACAAAAUGCCUUUGCUAUUGGGCCAGCAUAUUGUGUAAUGCCCAAAUGGAUGCUUUCAAAUAUUUUCAAAUAUUUCGUAAUUGUAGACGACGAGUCAUCAGGAAAUAGGUCGUCGAGGGCGCCUUCAGUGUUUUCAGCAAUUACUACGCAGUUUGGUGCUCAGAAUUGUUAUUUGCUCAAAGUGAAUUCAAAAUAUGAUGAUGAAUUAACGGAUCCAUGGCGUGUGCAUUUGGAAUCGAAAUAUCGUGGAUUGAAAAAAGGAUUACAACUUGCUAAGCAUAAAGUUCUCACAAAAACGAUGGGAUUAACUGAUGGCGUGAUCUCAUCAACCACUGAAUCAUCUCUAAUAGGACAGAAUAAUGGUGGUCUUCCCAGUUUUGGUAGUGUCUCUGCUGUACCUCAUGGACAAUAUCUUAGCUAUGAUGAUCGUGAAAGUAUCACAAAAAUGAUGGAGUGCAUGGUUCAUAAUGCUCUACUACCUUGGGUUGAACGACAAAUGCGCACUCUCAAUGAACAAGUCAUCGCGCGUCGUGGGAUAAGCAAGUCGUUGACUACCGGGGUACGAAAGUGGUUUGGAGCAGCAGCUGCUCAACAGACUACAUCAAUAACUUAUGCACAUGAUAGUGGCGAAAUGCAAAUUAGAUUAUUAGCCGAUCUUUGUUUUAUUUUUGGACUUUAUUCUUAUGCAUAUCAACUUUAUCAAACGGUUCGAAAAGAAUUUGCUGUUGAUCAGGCUUGGUUAUACAAUGCUGGAGCACUUGAAAUGGCAGCAUUGAGCUUAUUUUUAAGUGCAUCUCAAAUUACUGCAAAGCAAUAUCCACAGCAUUACAUGGAUGAUGCCAUCAACUUUUAUGCAACAGUCAGCCUAAAACCAAUUUUAACAAUGCGAGCUGCCAUUUUAAGUGCACUGAUACUCUCCACAUUGGAAUUAUAUAUUGAAGCAUGUACGCAACUUCUGAAACUAACGAAUUCUGAUGAUGACUUGUUCAGUGGUGUUUUGUUGGAAAGAGCAAGUGUUUAUUUCGGAAAUGCCAAGAUGCGUCGAAAAAUGGCAUUUCAUUAUGUGUUAGCAGGACAUCGGAUGUCGAAGGCUGGUCAGAAGCAAUUAUCCGUGGAAUGCUUCAAGCGCGCUCUUCCUGAAUAUAUUUCCAAACGUUGGACUUUUGCAGAAGAUCAUAUUCUUUACACAUUGGCUAAUGAAAGUGAGCAAAAAGAAGCCCUGUCGUGGUGCUUACCUUUAAUAAAAUCACAGUCGGUACAAUACGCCGAUCAGCAGCAACUUUUUCUCAAGCAUUACUUGAAACUUUUGAAACACUGUAAUAGUACUCGAACUCAUGCGCUUAUCAUGAUACCCUUAGUAGAUAUUCAAAACAUUGUUGUCAUUUAUGGAGAACGUCCGAUCGAAUUAACACCUGAAUUAGUCACAAAUGAGGAAACUUCGGAUCGAUGGAUGAAUUUGGCAAAAGCUGCAUAUUGCGCAAUAACAGGUUCUUUUGCCGAUUUUCGGGAAAUAGGGACUGUUCGUACUGCUUCUACAGAUAAUUCGAAGGUACCUUUUACUCCACCGUUGGAAAGAAUGCGAAUAAUACUUUCAUUAAAAAAUUCUAUGGAUAUUCCCUUGAUUUUGAAAAAUAUUCAUUUGGAAGUAUCAACUGAUCCGACGAUGUAUUUGCAAACCUUUAUCGACAAAGUCGUUUUAGAACCGAGAUGUGAUUGGAUUCCUUUAGAGUUCUCUAUUAUUCCAAAAGAAGUUAUUGAUAAAGUACGAGUGCAUAGUUUGUCGUUCAAUCUCGUAGUUGACGAAAUCAGUGUUACAAACUCAAUCCCACUUAACAUUCGCGGACCACGACUAAAUAACACAAAGAAGGAGAAAACAUCAAUCUUAUAUGGAGAGGAUUACCGUUUGACUGCAAAAGUUACCAAAAAGCGGUGGCCACUGGUUGAAAUUGAUUUGCCACCAAAGCGACGAUUAAUAGCAUUCUGUGGCCAAAUUUGUCGAUUUAACUGUGACGUGAACAAUAUAGGUGUAGUACCUCUGGAAGCUUUCUGCAUAGUCACUGAUCAUCCGGAGCUGAUUUCAGUUUAUGAGGAAGAUCCAGAAAGUACUGGAUUUCAGUCUGUGAAAUGUACUUCAGCAACUAUAGAUGCUGCAAUUGGUGUUUUCAACUUGAAAUACGGCGUUAUUGGCGUAGGCCAGAAGAAAAGGUUACAGUUAGCAGUUCGAGCUCCUGCUACUGAAUCUCUUGGGCUUAGCGUGAUGCUGAUUUGCUAUUAUCGUGGUAAUAAUUGUAUGAUCAGAGAAGAGAGGCAUGUAAUCGUAAUUGACACCCGUGUAAUUUUAGAAACUUCAUUAAGGCUUGUGGAUUAUGCCACUGGCGCAUGCGUAUUACAGCUUCGUAACCUCGUACCGAAUCGUAGUUCUUUACUCGCCAAAAUUGAAUUAAUAAGGAUACGGUCGUCGGUCGCUCAUGCCAGGAUAAAUUUCAAUUCGAAAACAUGGCCAGAUUCUUUGCCACAGAUUUUUUUACAUCCUUUGCAAAAGCGUCGAGUGGAGUUGGAAAGUGAACAAACAGAUAGCAUAUCAUUUUUGGCUAAUGGGCGUGAGGGAGCAGUGUCCUUAUGGUUUUGCGACGAAAUCAGUGAUAUUCCGGAAUGGUCUAGUACUUCGGACCGUGCAUCUGAAAUAUGCGGUGUCAUAUUUUCCUCAAAACAAAGUAUAGAGAAUGAGAAUACAGCAGUGCCGGAACUUGAUUUGUUCUUUGCAGUUCUUUGGAAAGCUAAUGUCGUUAAUAGCGAUGGUACUGCUUCUACAGUGUUCGGUGAGAACUUUAUGCCAAACCCAUUUCCGCUUGGUUGUUCGAUGCCGUUCUGUACUCCUCAUGUUCUUCGUCCAUUUUCAAUCCAAGAAUCGAGUCGAAAUCUCGAAAUGAAGUGUGUUUCUUCAGUCCCAUCAACAACAACUGAUAUAAAUCUAUUUUCUUUCAUUUGCAAAAUGUCGACAUCUUCAUCCGUCACCUAUCACAAUUUUAAUAAUGAAAGGUCGUGCCACAUACCAGUACAGAUAGCAAUAACGAAUGAUGAUAUUCUUCAUCGUCGGAGUUGCACAGUCACUGUUCAUUUUCUGGAUUCCAGUCUUGUUCGGAAGCAGACAGUAAAUUCCGAAAGCACCAACAUUUCAGGAUUUCUACCACAAAACAUGAUUUCAUCAUCAAGUUCACAUGUGUAUUCCUCAUUAACUUUGCAACCACUAGUUGUAGCGAAUCGUUCACGUAUGCAUGCAACAAUAGCUUUUGGUUGUACGCAGAUUUUUGAUAUCGAACUCACUGUCUAUUGUCCUUCCAUCUAUGAUAUCGGUCGUUUUCAAGCCAUUGGCUUAUUCGAUGAUGGAACUGAAGUGCCUAUAGAUGUACCUCCGACAUAUGUUACUGUGAUUGAUAAACGGGUUUGA